GGCCCAAGAAAGCGGUGCUUCCCCGGACAAUGGAAGCGUUCGGCCCAAAUCUUACUCCCAGAACACUCUUCUCUUCCAAGCUCUUCUCCCCCCUCGCCGCCGCCAUGUCGGGCUUCGUGAGGCGCCUCGCCGGCGUCCCGUGGCGCGCCAUCGCGGGGGACGCUCUCUCCCGCGCCUUCCUGGUCGCGCAGGCCUUCUGCGCCGUCCACGUCGUCGACCACCACGUCUGCUCCCUCGCCAUCGUGCGGGGCCCGAGCAUGCUGCCGGCCAUGAACCCGGCCGGCGACGUGGUGGCGGUGGACAGGGUGAGCGUGCGGCUCGGGCGGGUGGCGCCGGGGGACAUCGUUCUGCUGAUCUCGCCGGAGGAUCCGCGCAAGGCGGUCGCCAAGCGCGUGCUUGGGAUGGAGGGCGACGCCGUCACCUACCUCGUCGACCCCGGGAACAGCGACGCCUCCAAAACCGUUGUGGUACCACAAGGUCAUGUUUGGGUUCAGGGUGAUAAUAUUUACGCUUCUAGGGAUUCAAGGCAAUUUGGAGCUGUGCCUUAUGGUCUCAUUACAGGGAAGAUCUUUUGUCGGGUUUGGCCACUGGAGGGUUUUGGUUCUAUUGGUUCACAAGAGUAGCAUAAUAGAGCUUUGUUGUCAGUGAUUUUUUGUAGAGAAUAGAACCUGAAUACCUGAUUGAUUCAUGCAAGUCGAGGUGUACGGGUUUUGAGCAUGGUCAACAGAAUUGGUUUAUUAUUGAAAAGAGAGGUGGAUUUCUGCUUGCUGGGGAAUAUAUAGCUUGAUUUGUGCACUGGAAACUUGCUUAUAUAAACAAUUUGAGCUGAAGGAGUUGACAUUUAUAAAAAAUUUAAAUGCCUUGUCAGUCUUGUCAAAUGUUCACAUCUGAAUUGCCUUAAAAAAUAAGAACGAUGUGUAGCUCGCACUUACCAUGGGAACAUCAACACUCGAUUACUAGUGAUUAGCAAUAAGAUCGAACAGUUAAGGCAUCGAGCUUCACAAACAAAACAUUGAUCCAUUGCAUUAAUACAGUUCGUUACAAAAUCUCAAACAGAGAUGAUUUGCAUUUGGAUUCAAACACUGCAAAAUCAGUAAUAAUCUAGUAGUUGCAUGCUACUACAUGUAGCAUUGAUAAUCAACUAUAUAACUGUAACAUGAGGCUAUAUAACGACUCCGUAGUUGCAUUUAACGAGAAAUAAUGCUCUUUGCCACUUCCUUGAGCCUGUGACAGCCAUGAGGCUAUACUACAGGGAGCAACGCUUGCGAUCGAGCAGGUCCCCGAGAAACCUCGUGCAUGCCUCCUCGAGCCUGUGACAGCCAUGCUUCUCACCUUGCAGCAGUGAAGUCGCCGCCGUGCUUGCAGCCAUGCCUCUAAAUGUUGUAGCCAUCUGCCGCCACGAGCAAAC